AAGCGACAUCACCGGAAGUUCUGGCUCUGCGUCAAAUUAGUGCUUUUCUACCUGUCAGAGUUCCGUUUUGAAUCUUCCGCUACUUCCCAGAUCCGACCACAGCCCCGCCUCCUGCAGCGCUGCAGCGGUAAUAAGGCGACAAAAGGGAGGCGGGGCUCAGCUGUUUUGAGUGACACCUGUGCAGGGAAGCGGCAGGGGCGAGUGGGAAGAGGAUAAGGCGACUCUUCCCUGCCCCUCCCCUUUCUUUCGCCAUGAGCUUCCUGAUCGACUCCAGCAUCAUGGUGGUAUCUCAGGUGCUGUUCUUUGGAUUUGGAUGGCUCUUCUUCAUGCGGCAGCUUUUUAAAGACUAUGAGGUGCGACAGUAUGUGGUGCAGGUUAUUUUCUCUGUCACAUUUGCUUUUUCUUGCACCAUGUUUGAAUUAAUCAUUUUUGAGAUUCUAGGUGUCCUAAACAGUAGCUCCCGGUAUUUUCACUGGAAACUGAACUUGUGUGUGAUUCUGCUUGUUCUAGUAUUCAUGGUGCCCUUUUACAUUGGCUACUUCGUUGUGAGCAACAUUCGACUAUUGCACAGACAAAGACUGCUUUUUGCCUGUGUUGUUUGGUUAACAUUCAUGUAUUUCUUCUGGAAACUUGGAGACCCAUUUCCUAUCCUCAGUCCAAAGCAUGGAAUUCUGUCUAUAGAGCAGCUCAUCAGUCGGGUGGGAGUAAUUGGGGUGACCCUUAUGGCUCUGCUGUCUGGAUUUGGUGCGGUCAAUUGCCCAUACACUUAUAUGUCUUACUUUCUCAGGAAUGUAACAGAUGCAGAUAUUCUAGCUUUGGAGCGUCGCCUCCUUCAAACGAUGGAUAUGAUCAUCAGCAAAAAGAAAAGGAUAGCCAUGGUUCACAGAAACAUGUUCCAGAGAGGAGAAGUACAGAACAAGCCCACUGGCUUCUGGGGCAUGAUAAAAAGUGUUGCCACCUCUUCCCCAGGCAGCGAAAAUCUGACACUUAUCCAGCAAGAAGUAGAUGCUCUGGAGGAGCUGAGUCGGCAGCUUUUCCUAGAAACGGCUGACCUACAUGCUACCAAGGAAAGAAUAGAAUACUCCAAAACAUUCCAAGGAAAAUAUUUUAACUUCCUGGGCUAUUUUUUCUCCAUCUAUUGUGUUUGGAAAAUUUUUAUGGCAACAAUCAAUAUUGUAUUUGACCGAGUUGGAAAAACUGAUCCAGUCACAAGAGGAAUUGAGAUCACUGUAAAUUAUUUGGGAAUCCAGUUUGAUGUAAAAUUCUGGUCCCAACAUAUUUCCUUUAUCCUUGUGGGAAUAAUUAUAGUCACCUCUAUCAGGGGUUUAUUGAUAACACUCACAAAGUUUUUUUAUGCUAUCUCCAGCAGCAAGUCCUCCAAUGUCAUAGUUCUGUUACUGGCUCAGAUUAUGGGGAUGUAUUUCGUAUCAUCAGUACUUCUGAUUCGGAUGAGCAUGCCUCUAGAGUAUCGCACUAUAAUCACUGAAGUUCUAGGGGAACUACAGUUUAACUUUUACCACCGCUGGUUUGAUGUUAUAUUUCUUGUCAGUGCUCUUUCCAGCAUUCUCUUCCUCUACCUGGCUCACAAGCAGGCUCCCGAGAAGCAUAUGGCACUCUAAGUCCACCAUGAUUCCCCACGGUAGAUAAAAACAGUGCCCUUGGCGGCUCUUUCCUGCAGCAGCUCUUUCUCUGACCAACGACCAGCUGUUUGGUUCAGCUUGGGCUGAGAGUGGCGAGAAAUACUCAUGAACCCCAAAAUACUUGAUUCAGGCUUUGGGACAUGCUUGAGAUGGAAUACUUCAUAAAAGAGCGUCUGAGGAAAUUUGAGGUGAUAGUUCUGUGAAAAGAGGAUUGAUGCACUUCAGUGAGAAAGAUGACUGGCAAAAUGUCUGUCUAAUAGUACAAUCCUAUACAGAGUUGCUCCAGUUAAAGGCCAAUCAAAUCAGUGAGUCCAGACUAGAGUAACUGCACAUGGGAUUGUGUGGCAUGUGUUGUAAUCCUGGAAAACAGAGAUGCUGAAAUGAAACCUUCCAAUAAACUAAGUUUUGUAAUAAUUUAA